GUGAAAUUGACGUAGCAUAAUAUAAUCAAAAUUAUAUUACAACAUAUUCAUUGCUAUAUUUUGAUUACCCUUUAUUUGUGGUCUUUCUUUGUCUUAGAAAGAGGGAGAUUAAAAUGGUUUUUCCACCAGGUUAUCGUUUCUUCCCUACCGAAGAAGAGCUGAUCUCGUUUUAUCUUCACCACAAGCUAGAUGGCGGGAGUGAAGACCUUAACCAGGUCAUUAACCAGAUUAUACCGGUCCGUGAUAUAUACGAGCACGAUCCAUGGGAUCUUCCACAAUUUUCAGGAGGCUUGCACCAUAUUAAAGAUCCUGAGCAGUGGUUUUUCUUCAUUCCAAGACAAGAGAGCGAAGCUCGUGGAGGGAGGCCUAAGAGACUAACAAAUACUGGAUACUGGAAAGCAACUGGCUCUCCAGGGUCUGUCUUUUCCAACAAUCGCAGCAUUGGUUUGAAAAGAACAAUGGUUUUCUAUAGCGGAAGGGCUCCAAAUGGAAGAAAAACUGAGUGGAAAAUGAACGAGUACAAAGCUAUAGAUCAAGGGAAAGCAUCCUCAUCAACUAGCGCAAAUCCAAAGUUAAGGCAUGAAUACAGUUUGUGCCGGGUCUACAAAAACUCAAAAUCCAUGCGAGCAUUCGACAGACGGCCGGUGGGCCUUGAGGUAAUCGAGCCAAGAACUCAACCAGCCUCUGGUGGCAAUGAGCUAGUAGCAUCUGAUCAAAACCAUCCAACAGUGGAGAACACAAGCUCACCUGACAGUUCAUGGUCCGCAGACCAAGGCAAUCCCUCUGGAACUGGUGAGAGUAGUAGCAUGCCAAUGCCUAUCGAUAAUGCUAUGUGGGAUGUGGACUUAGAUUGGUACUACGGCGCCGGACAGGAUUAAUCUGCAGCGUAUGUAAAUGGUGAUUCCAUGAGAAAGGCCUGAAACCUGCUAAUCUUCAUCCAGAAAGAAUAAUAAUUUAAACUCUAAUUAUGUCCUCAAACAAAAGCCUAGCUCAUUUUUAGAGAGUGUGUGUGUAUUUUGUUUUUUAAAUUGUUGUGCUAUAAUUGUAUCUUCAAGAAAACUAAGAUUACUAAGGCUUGAGAGCAAGAAAAAUGCUUCUUUUUUUUU